CGAGACCGUACAGAUGCCUUAAAUUCACGCCGGUGAUCUUCGGCGUCCCCCGGCUAGCUCCGGCAGAUCAUCCUAAUUGGACGGACAGCCCCGUCAGCUGUUCAGUUAGUUCAAGUUUUAAGUUUAUUUAAUAAAACUUUUCUCCGGCAGCGCUCCUUCUUCAGAUCACAGGUUGCAGAAGCUUGCUAGUCGUAGCCAUCUUGCAUAGACAAGCAGAUGAAAUCCCAUUGUGUCCUUUAAUCAGUGAUUAACACAUUUAUAAUAUUUCAGUCCAUAUCAUUAGGUGUUGUUGUUUUCAGUCUCCUUCCAAGUCGCCUGGGCUGGUGCAGUAUCGGCACCUCGCCCCCUUGCCACAGGAGUUCCCCAGGGCUCAGUCCUUGGUCCCCUCCUAUUCUCCCUGUACACCCAAUCUCUUGGUCCUGUAAUCUCUGCCCAUGGUUUGUCUUAUCAUUGUUAUGCCGACGACACCCAACUCUUUCUCUCCUUUCCCCCCUCUGACACACAGGUCUCCGCUCGCAUCUCUGCUUGCCUGAGGGACAUCCAGAGCUGGAUGGAUAACCACCAUCUUAAGCUGAACCCAGGGGACACCGUGGUGUCAUCAUCACCCACUGCAAAAAACCUCAGAGUGAUGAUGGACAACAGACUGUCCCUCUCCCAGAACAUCACGGCGGUGAGUCGAACAUGCAGGUUCUUCCUGUACAACAUCCGGAGAAUCCGCCCCUUCCUCACCACCUACGCAACCCAGCUCCUGGUUCAAGCGAUGGUCCUGUCCCGCCUGGACUACUGCAACUCGCUGCUGGCUGGUCUGCCAGCAUCCGCCAUCAGACCCCUGCAGCUCAUCCAGAAUGCUGCAGCGCGUCUGGUCUUCAACCUCCCCAGACAUUCCCAUGUCACCCCCCUGCUCACUGACCUCCACUGUCUGCCUGUUAUAGCUCGCAUCAAAUUUAAGACUUUGGUGCUUGCAUACCAGGCAGCUAAGGGGUCAGCACCAGGAUACAUCCAGAGGAUCAUCAGACCCUACACACCAGCCAGACCUCUCCAUUCUGCCACCUCUGGACACUUGGCACCUCCCCCUCUUUGUGUCUGUACUUCCCGCUCGCGUCUGCUGUCUGUCCUGGCCCCUCGCUGGUGGAAUGACCUCCCCAUGGCGGUCAGAACAGCAGAGAAUCUGACUACCUUCAAGCGCAGACUAAAGACUCGUCUCUUCAGGCUGCACCUCUCCCCACCCCUCCCUAGCCUCUAGUUUAGCUCAAUGUACCUAGUUAGGCUAAUGCGAUCACGUUAGUUUUUAUUUGGCAGGAUUGUUUUUUGUCUGAUUCUGAUUAGGCAAAUGUGAUUUCAGUGCUAGUUUGUACUUGGCAGGAUUGUUUGUUUGUUUGCUGAACAGGUUACCCUACAGGGUUGGAGUCCUGAUCUAUGUGGUCACUUCUGGCACUACGAUCUUUACUUCACUCUAGUGUGUUUUUUCUGCACCUCUGCACCUUGAACUGAUGCACUUGUUGUACGUCGCUCUGGAUAAGAGUGUCUGCUAAAUGCCUGUAAUGUAAUGAGUCAGAAGUUGCAACAGCUUGUUGUUGUUUGUACAGAAAUGUUAUCUUUGUCAAAUUAGACACAUCAGACACAAAACUGUUGAAUGGCGUGGCAUUUUUUCUCAAAAACAUGCUUUGGUUACAGUUAUGAUUUGAAUUGGUGUAUAUUGCAGAAUAUUUGAAGGAAGUUGAAAUUCUCCUGUUCAAAGCCAUAUAUAAAACCCAAAAUGACUCAAAAUGAGCCGGUCAUGCCACACCUGAUAAAAAAUGUUAGCUGUUUAAUGAGUGGGAUGACAGCAAGUUAGUGCUGUGCGAUAUGGCCUAAAAUGACAUUAACCCUGAUGGGGAGCAUUAAUGACCCUUUUCAUUCCAGCAAAACCCUGGAUUAUCAUAUGCCAUGGUUUUCAUUUUGUCUUUUAUUUUUCUCAUAAAAAACACUUGUAUCUGUUGAACACUGGUGACAGCAUUCAACAGCAAGGCGUUGCAGCUUCUGUGUGAUCAUGGCAAUCCAUUGUUUUUAUUGAUCAGAUGGAAGCAGCAUGGUCGUGCUGCUGAUAGGCUGUCAACGGUGGUGUUGCAACUGAUAAUGUUGGUGCAACUGUAAAUGACUAAAAAGGGGUGGGGCCUGUUAGCACAUACCGGCUGCUUUGUCAAUAGAAUUAUUUGCGCAAUGCAGAAGUAA